CUCCGAUGGUGGACAAACUUGAAACGGGGAUCGCAAAUUUAAUGGCGCAAGUUUGUUAAUCUCUCAAAAAAAAAAACAGCAUGGUUAUUAAAAGCACUCUGUUAGUGUGCUUGAUCAUCUGUUGCCAAAGUAGUCAUGUUAGAGCUGCGUCAGAGUGUACGGGCGCUAUAGUCGCUUCAGUGUUUGGUACAAUAGGUGUGAUUCUUCUUAUCGCAGGUAUUGCGAUACUGGUUUGGUGUUGUCGCCAAAAAAGAUCAGGAAAACUCUCGUCAAGGUCUUCAAUAGAAACCGCCAGUGAACCAGAAAUUUCUCUCGGCACAAAAGCCAAAGGUGGUCAGAUUGGUUUAAAUGGUCAUGGAACUCCGGUAACUUUUUCACAUCACUACAAAGAAGAAGCACCAUCUGCUGCGUACAACACAAGGGGAGUUGUUAAUCCAGCAUUUGGUGGGCAGCGAGAAGUACUGAUUGAAAUGCCAUCUAGAGACGAUGGCGAAGUCAAAAUUGACAUGGAUGGAGAUGGUAAAUUCAAACUUCCUUCUUGUAACGAAGGGGAGGUAAAAAUUGAUAUGGGCGGAGAUCCAGACAAGGAAACUCCUACUGUAAAUCUUGACAUGGACACCGAUCUUGGCAUGAAUGUGGCAAAUGGAAGCAGCCUCAAAAUGUCUCCAAGAGAUGCUCAGCUCUCGGAUGUUGAGUUCCAACAUAACAAACCAUCAGGAACAGGUUUUCCGGGCGGGAAUAUUCCUGGUUCAGACGUUGAUAUUGCCUUUGAGGGCUCCUCCAAACCAACCUUUAACGUGGACACACCAAGGAAUAUGGAAACCAUUGAUGUUGAUCUCGACCGACCUGAAAGUGGUGGCUUUGGACUCUUGAUUGCGAGGGACAAGACUUUGCCACCUCCCGCUUUAUUCGUAAGAGAAGUAACACCCGGUGGUGUUGCUGCGAGAACAGGUCUCCUGGAUAAAGGUGAUAAGAUCAUUGGUAUUAAUGGAACUCCGAUCGAGGGCCUAGCUCAUGACAAAGCAAUGCACCUUCUUCGCAAUGAUGACAAACCAAGGCUAAGACUGACACUGUUGAAAAACCUCUCACCAGGACAAAAUGGUUCACUGGACUUAUCGGAGAGAUCGCGGGAUCUAUCCAAAACGAUUGACGAAUCCUGUGCAAUUGACUUGGAACCGGGACUAGAGGCAGGGAGCCCCUCCCUUGAUGUCGAAGGAUUGCAAGGCAGUGCAGAUUUAGGAGAGACGGAGACUUCACUGAGUAAACCAGAAUUCGAGGGGGAUAUACCACAGGCGCGUAUUGCUGGGCCGAAUAUGAAACCACACAAUCUUCAAGGUUCACCUUCAAACCUGAGCUUGCCUUCACCUAAGACUAAGCGUGCGAAAUGUUUCUCCUGUGUAUCCAAAGGAGACAAAGGGGAGCCUUACACCAGAGGGAAGACAAGUAAUAGAAUGGAUUGGGACAGACCGAGUGAUGAUUGUUCUGUUGAUAUUAAUGAGGGUGGUAAAUUUACAGAUAAUUUGAGCGUCAGAGAACCUGGCAUUUCUAUUCCGGCCAAAAAUGUCACGGGAGAAAUUACGGGACCAUCGCUUGACGAAGAGCAAAGGGAUUUAGGAUCCAAUGUACAGCUAGAUAGCUAUUCGCCAAAUAUCAAAACGUCGCAAGGUAGACUAAAAACACAGCUUUCUGGGCCAAGUGUCGAUACUUCACCUGAGAAGCUCAAGGGCUCAAAGGAAAAUGUUGACGUUCCUGCCGCUGGUGGGUUGAAUUUGCCUUCCUCAAAGAAAAACCGUGGUAAUUGUUUCUCGUGUGCAGGAGACGGAAAUAAAGAGGACCCAUACAGAAAGACUAAGGGAAAUGUUGGCUUCGACCUGAGUGGCCCUGAUGGAUCACCAGAAAUGGUGGAACCCAGAAAAAUGGACAUAACCGCUUCUGCACCAGAAUUUCAUGAACGUGGAGAAACCAACGACCUGGACCUCAGAACAACUGGACCAGACUUUCAUAUCGAGGGACCAAACAAAGGAAUCUCAACGAGACCGCCAGAGGUUUCCCUCCAAGCAAAAGACCCAAGAACAAAUACCCCAGAUGUAUCGCUUCCAUCAGGAAGCACUACUAUCGGCCUCUCUGGAUCGGGGAACAUUUCUUCAGAACGACCUAAAGUUGAAAUAGAUGCUAAUUCCCCAGAAAUCGAUGGUCGAAAAGGAAGAUUCGAUACAGAAAUUUCGGCCCCACAUGCUGAUAUAUCACAUGGUAAACUGGGAGGCCCUAAGGCAAAAGUUACCGCACCUUCUGGACAGUUGAAUUUGCCAUCUUCAAAGAGAAAGCGAGGUACUUGUUUGUCGUGUGCAGGAGACGCGGAUAAAGACGACCCGUACAGAAAGACUCAAACUCAAGGAAGUGUCGGCUAUAGCCUUAGCGGUCCUGAUGGAUCACUAGAGAUGGAAACACCUAGCAAAAUGGACAUAAGUGCCUCUGCACCAGACUUCCAAGGACAGGAAGAAACGAAAGACUUGAGCUUCAAAACAACUGCACCAGAUUUUGACAUCGAAGGACCAAACAAAGGCAUUUCUAUGGGCUCGCCAGAAAUUUCACUUCAUACAAAAGAUCCAAGUAUAAAUACCCCAGAUGUAUCUAUUCCAUCAGGAAGUACUGAUAUCGGCCUUUCUGGGACAGGAGACAUUACUUCAAAACGACCCAGAGUUCAAGUAGAAGCCAAUUCCCCAGACAUCGAUGGUCCAAGAGGAAGAUUCGAUACAGACAUAUCAGCCCCAAAUGCUGAUAUAUCACAGGGUAGACUGAGAAAUCCUAGAGCACAAGUUGACGCUCCUUCCGGAGAGUUGAAUGUGCCUUCUACAAAAAGAAAGGGCGUUAAUUGUCUCUCGUGUGCGGGAGAUGGGGAUAAAGCUGACCCAUACAGGAAGACUAAGGGAAAUGUUGGCUAUAACUUCGGCGGCCCUGAUGGAUCACUAGAGAUGGUGCAACCCAGAAAAAUUGACACAACUGCUUCUACGCCUGAUGACGAUAGACCUGCAGCAACAAAAGAACUCGAACUCAGAACAGCUGAACCAGACCUUGAUUUCCAUGGACAAAACAAGGGAAUCUCCACAGGAAUGCCGGAGAUUUCACUUCAUGGAAAGGAUCCAAGUAUAAAUACCCCUGAUGUAUCUAUUCCAUCGGGAGACACAGGUUUCAACCUUUCUAGAACAGGAAACUUUUCGUCUGAAAGACCAAGCGUUGAAGUACAAGGCAAUUUCCCAGACAUUGAUGGACCAGAAGGAAGAUUUGAAAGAGGCAUUUCAGGCCCGGAUGUUGAUGUAUCAGAUGGUAAACUACAAGGCCAUAGAACAACAGUUAACGCACCUUCAGGAGAGUUGAAUUUGUCAUCUUCAAAGAAAAAGCGCGUUAAUUGUUUGGCUUGUGCAGGAGACGGGGACGAAGAGGACCCUUAUAGAAAGACUAAGGGGAGUGUCGGCUACAACAUCAGCGGCCCUGAUGGAUCACUGGAGAUGGAAAAACCUAGCAAAGUGGACAUAAGUACUUCUGGGUUUGAUUUUGAUGGACGUAAAACGACUGAAGGGCUGGAACUCAGUACAAUUGUACCAGACGUUGACUCUCAAGGGCCGAAGAAAGGAAUAUCUUUGGAGCCUCCCGACAUCUCAGGAAACUUAACAGAUACAGAUCCAUCUGCUGAAAAAUCAAAGAUUUGCUUGGAUUUCCCUGUAUUAUAUGAUCCAAGCAUCGGAGGUUCAGGAUUUGAUGCACCUAAAAAUUCAUAUGAGACGUCAACGAUUUCGGGGUCCUCGCUAGGGAGAAUUUUUGAUAACACUGAUAUACAAAGGUCCAAGUUUGACCUAGAUGCUUCAAAUAUUGAAAAACCAGACUUUGAAUCGGAACCACCCAGUAUAGGUGCAGGAAUACAAGAUAUAAAAGGACCAGACUUCUCACAUGAAAAGCAUGACUUAUCUGGACCAUCAAUGGGCAGAGUAGAGAACGAUAUUGGAAUUGAUGGGUUCGACCCAAGCAUGAAUUCGUCAAGAGUCUCUGUUGAGAGGCCAGAUAUAUCUGGGCCCUCAUUUGACACCACAGCUGGUGAUAUUGACCUCGGAGUAGCAGACGAACCAAGCACUGACUCAGAAUUGACUGGAUUUGACGUACCUAAACCUAGAGGCAAAGAAAUGCACAGAACUAAACAAGAUAUCUUCAUGCCAUCAGCAGGCGGAAUAAGUGUUCAUGCUCCAGCAGUAGACCUACGGCAACAAUUAGAGGCUGACAUGAAGGGAUUAGAUGUUGAUGCACCGGAAUUAGAUUUCACUGUAUCAUCACCAAAUAAAAAACGAGCAUCGUUAGAACCAGUUGACAUGAAAGGUCUUAGAGGGAAGAGUUUUGAAGGUGAUGUUGAUUGGGGUAUCAGUACCUCAACACCCAAAGAUUCUGGGGGCAUAGAAUUUGACGCAAAUCCAGUCGAAGGCGAUGUAGAAUUCGCAAGUACCUACGAUAACAUCGAACUCCACAGUAAACCAGAGUCUCUCCCCUCGGUAGCGUAUGAAGAACCACACAGUCUUCAACGUUACGAUGAAAUACGACCAGAAAUGGAACUGAGACUAUUGUCACCAAAUCAACCCAACGAAUCUGAUCUAAACUUCGAUGCAGACAUCUCAGAUGCAAACCUUUAUGUGGAUAAUUGGAAGCCAGGUGAAAUGAACCUGGUAAAAGUCGAAGAAAACGUAACAGUUUGUUCAGCAUCAGUCCAGGAGCCUUCUUCUCCAAGCAGAAUAUUAACUCUAGAUCGUGAAAUUAAGCAAAGAAUUGAACUUGAACUCCCGGGCCAUGAAGGUAAAGAUACACCAUCUUCAUUAAAGAGAAAAAGUACUUCAUCUUCAUCAUCCUCCUCAUCCUCUUCUGAUGCCGAGGAUGACAAGGAAAAGAAGUCAAAACGAAAAAAGAAGUCCAAACUACCACAGGUGUUCCGAAAGAGUUCAAACAGCUCAGCAUCGUCCAAGGAGAGUGGCUCCUCGUCCAAAAAGAAAGCGAGCGAACGGAAAUCCUCAACAAGUUCUUCUUCAUCAGAUGACGAUAACGAAGAUCAAAACCGUCCCACAGCUGAUUUUGUUUCAGGAUUGAAUUUGAAAAAGCAAAAACCGAAAACAAGCUCAUCUUCUUCGUCCUCCGAUGAAGGUUCCUUUGGUCUUAAUCAUCAAGACUUACUUAAACGAAAGAAAUCAAGGAGUUCAUCAUCAUCUGAUGAAGCGAAAGAAAAUGACAAGAAAAAGCAGACCUACAAAGUGGACGACAGAACAUUUACCUCAGUGGCUGAUGAAAUAAAGGAACCAGGAAAGUCAGGAUCGAUAACCUUUGAUAUUCAAGAAGAAGUAACUCAUGACUCGUUGAUGCUAAGCGGCAAAAUAUCAUCAAAAGAGCAGAAACCUACGAGUUCCUCGUCUUCGUCGGAUGAAGAGAUCUCAAGUUACAACGUCAGCGAGUUGAAUGAUCUACCCAAGGCAAAAGAUCAAGCAACCACAGAAACGAAACGGGAGGGGGAUGACCUUCCUUCUUCAUUGGACCUAUCACUCCAUCAGUACAAAGCAGUGGACUAUGUUGUAACCCAUAAUUACGCAUCCGAAACACAAGAAACAAAUCCCUCAGGUGUAGAAGAGGAUCCUUUUGUAGUUGUAUCUCGCUCCCUUAAAAGACCAUAUCAAGACACUGAACACGAGGAUGAAUUGAAAGUAAGUUCUAUAGAACUUCAAUUUAACGAGCCACCAGGAGAGGUUUCCAAUCAUCUGGACUAUCCUUGCCGAGUCGCUCAGGUUGAAGAGGGCGAUGGCGCAUUCGUGCAAGAAGAAGGCGUUGUCCCAUUGUUUAAGUUUCGGUCAUUGGACUACGAUGUCCCAGAUGUGUCGGUUCUAACGAAGCCUUCUGAGGAAAGUGAUGCACCAAAUUUGUUAUCACCUAACCAAAGGGACCGCGUGUCUCCUACAUGGGACGUACAAGCCCAUACUUUUGAGGAUGUAUCUCAUGUAACAAUUCAAGAUGACCCGCCAACGGGGGAUGAAAACCAUGAGAUCCGUGAACAAUCGCUUAUUAUAGUGACACGCUCUCUUAAGAGGACGUCACCUGUCACCGAAGACGCAGAUGACAUCAGGGAGGAAAAAUCUCCAAAUUUCUCUAACACUAUGGAGAUUCAAGCUACUGAACCUAGCCAUGACUUCUACCUUGAAUAUCCGCAAAAUAAUAAAGUAUUCGUACUCGAUGAACAGAAUGGCCAUCUGACAGAUGAAGAACAAAUCUCACAGCACACAAAGGAAAGAGAAAUACCAGACAUUUCAGCGCAGCUAGCCGCAUUAAAUUAUACUGAAGAUGAACCUCGAUUAAAAAGCGAUUCACCCACAAAAGCUGAAGACAAUGUCAAAUCGCCAAGGGAGAAAAGCCCUAAAGAAAUUUCGAGGCGAGGUUCCAACUCUCGUCUUUGGGAUUUAAUGCAAGGUUAUCUAAUUGAGCAGCCUAUACUCAACGAUAAUGACACAAAUUCGGAAUCAAGAUCACAGAACACGGAAGAACACAACGAAGAGGGAGAACAGGUUUUUUACGAAACCAAGCCCAUAGAAAUUACAGACAGCAGCAUUUCGGAAAAAACUCAACAAUCCCUUAAUGUGGUGACCUACCAAAUCCACAUCGACGACCACGAACAUCCUAAAGAAAGAAGUGGUGAUUUAGAAGAUAGAGACACAGCGCUAAAGGCUUCCAAACCUGAUCUCGUUUCUUUUGAUGCGAAACCUGUCGAAGACAGUCCUGCUACCACAAGCUACAGCACAUCAAUAACAAAGGUGGAAAGCAGUUUUGCCUAUGUUAACUUGACACCCGUAAUGACCGAGACGGAUUCUGAAUUAGGCGCGGUUGAUCGAUUAGACACGGCGAAAGAUGAACACCAUACAUCAGUUACAGACGUUAAAAGCAGUGUUCAGGAGGUAACGGUCACAUCACAUUCGUCUCAAAUUGAACCCAUUUCUCUACAAGUGGAUAUUGGUGCCAUAAAACCUGUUUCCAAAUACCAAACUACUUCAUGGAAAAAGGAAGUUUCUGUUCCUGUCGAUGUGGAUGACAAGAAUGACGAUCCCUGGAUGAGGCAUUAUUCCAGAGGAUUACAACAAGGCACUCUUUACCAGCCACUGUAUGCAAAAUCACCAGAGAGAGACCCAUAUCUUGGUGAAAGACGUGGCGUAAGUUUGUCCAAAGUACCUCAUGUUAAAGGUGUCAAGACGUCAGGCGAAAAAGAGCGUGAAAGACCGAGGUAUUCCAUCGAGGGCCGAACUAGCAUCCAAUCAGCGUCCUACCAAGUAAGUACAGAUGGUAAAUCUAUGCUUCGAGGAUUGGAAGCAGUCCCCAGAGUGCGAACACCCGAGAGUCUCUUUUCUAGCCGAGAUGACAGAGAGCAACCGCAAAAGAGCCAACCUGAGAGUGCUGGAGGAGACCCGUCAACAGGAACGUCCACAAGUGGCCCUUCCGUACAAAGUUUGCGUUCCUUUUGGGAUAAAUGAAUUGAAGUCCACCUUAUCGUGGCUUUACAUCUCUUAAUACAAACGAAAUGUACAUUAGUUACUACUCUUUCCCGUAAAUA